GUAUAUUUUACCGCAUAUUGCAACUUUAAAGCGAUAUAUGUUCUUUGUUACUACUUGAACGUAAGUUUUUUUAUUUUCGAAUGUGAAUUGAACCAUAAAAGGAAUUUCAAAUUGUUAGAGCCAUAUAUACAUGCACAUAAAAUCUUGAGCAUGAUUUUUUUGCAUAGUCUUCUACCGUACGCUUUUGUUUAUUGUUACGCUUCAAUGUUCUUAAACGCUAAAGAAGGAAACUGGUCAAGACCUUUGUUCGAAACAUUGCGAAUGAAAUAUAAUCCUCAAAAUGAUGGAAACUUGAUGUAUAGUUUAAAUUUAAAGAUGGCAGCCGAAAAAUAAGAAGAAAGUUGUAUAUAACUUAUGCUGGCAGAUUAUUACAACUUCGUAUAAAACAAAACAGGAUAAAAUAAAAUUGUAAAAUAUAAAACAAUAAAUAUAUCAAACAAUAAUUAAUUAGGUGAAACAUGACUUGGGAUACAAGGUGGGGCAGUGUAAGUUCAAAUCAGCGUAGGGAAAAGAAAAGAAAAGAACAUAUUUCUCAGAGACAGUUUCUUAUCAACUCCAGUGAUAACGACAGUGAUGACGAAGAGUGGAUACAGCAGUUAGAAAGGGAUUACGGUAAACGACAGCUCAAGAAAACGAAAUGGACAAGACUUGAGAAGUUAUUACUAGCGGCACUCGGUUGUACGCUCAUAUUUGUGUCUGUUUUACUAACCGCUAUGUUUUACUCGCGGUAUAAACAUGGUGAGACUUUACUCGAAUUUACUUUAGGAGGACAGAAAUUUUGCAACGAAAAGGGCUGCGUUGAAGCUAGUCAUAGAGUUUUUACUUACAUGAGUGACGCUUUGGACCCAUGCGAUAGUUUUUAUGAUCACGCGUGCGGCUCGUGGCUAAAAAACGAGAUACUUCCACCGACACAUACAAAAUGGACAAGUUUUGGACAAGCGUCGGAUCAUAACCAACGCAAACUUAAAAGUAUAUUAGAUCGUUUGGAAAAGGGUGCAGAAAAUAGUCUCGCUUUACGAAAGGUACGACAGUACUAUAAAGCUUGUCUAAGAAAAGACUUCAUCGAAUCUCACGGCAACGAAACAUUGAUAGCACUAAUUAAUGACGUUGGUUCGUGGUCCAUAACAAAUAGAUCAACGUGGAAUGAAGAACAAUGGAAUUUUGAUCAUUCUUUAUCGAAGAUUCAUCAUUUAAAGAGCAUGCCUUUAUUUUAUAUGUACGUUGCGCCCGAUGACAAGAACUCUAGCAGAAACGUUAUUCAGAUUGAACAAUCCGGUGUUACACUAUCAGAUGAAAGCAUAUAUAAGAGAUCAGCUGAAGAUAAGAUUGUGAAGGCAUACAAGAAACUCAUGAUGAACGUUGGUCUUCUGCUUGGCGCUGAGAAGGAGAGCACAAAGAAGCAAAUGGAUGAAAUCUUCGAGUUUGAGAAGAAACUUUCGGAGAUAUACGAAGACAGAGAGAGACUUCAACAAGCUGAUCAAAUCUAUCACAAGAUGAAUAUUGAAGAAUUGCAACGUUUGUGUCCUGCUAUUCCCUGGCUGGAUUAUCUGAACAGCAUGUUUACAGCGCCUGUUAAAUCUAGUGAACCGGUUAUUGUGUAUACGCCAAACUAUUUUAAAAACAUGUCAGAUCUUGUUAUACGAACAGAAAGAAGAAUCAUUGCAAAUUAUAUGGUAUGGCAUCUGAUCAAGCCCAUUCUACCCUUGCUUUCCCAACAAUACCGCAGUGCUGCGAUUGAACUGGCUUCUAAGGAGACUGGGAUGCAGGGAGGCCAAGAUAGUUGGAAGAACUGCGUAACAAAAACAGAUUCUGUGCUUGGAUUUGCGACUGGAUAUUUGUUUGUUAGAGAAAUGGAAAAUGAAGGCAAAUACAUGAAACACGAGGUUAACGAAAUGUUACAGACGAUAAAGGAAGAAUUCAUUUCAAAUUUACAUUCAGUAAAAUGGAUGGAUGACGUUACAAAGAAACGUGCAGUACAAAAGGCAACCUCAAUUAUCAACAUGAUUGGUUAUCCAGAAUGGGUCAAAUCAAUUGAAAAGUUAGACAAAUAUUACGAUGGUCUCGAAAUAUCUGACAAUCCAUUAUCAAAUUUCUUAAAUGCAAGACAGUUCUACCAUGAAAAGACAAUGCAGAGGAGAGGAAAAGCCGUACAAAGGGACGAGUGGCAUAUGGCACCCACUGAAGUUAAUGCCUACUACAAUUCACCAAAUAAUUAUAUAGCAUUUCCUGCUGGGAUCCUUCAGCCACCAUUCUUUGACCAUGGCUACCCGAUAUCUGUAAACUUUGGAUCAUUAGGGUUUGUAAUGGGACAUGAAUUGACUCACGGAUUUGAUUCGCAAGGACGACAUUAUGAUCAAUUUGGUAAUAUGAUAAAAUGGUGGACCAACGCAACAACAAAAGCAUUUUUAAAUCGAACGAAGUGUUUAGAAAACCAAUAUUCAGCGUUUGGAAGCAAAACGAGAGCAAAGCAAACAUUAGCUGAAAACAUUGCAGAUAAUGGAGGAUUGAAAAUUGCAUAUAAUGCGUUCAAAGCAACAGAAUACCUCCAUGGUGCGGAUAAACUUCUUCCUGGAUUCAAACUUACUCCAGAUCAGCUAUUCUUCUUGGGUUUUGCACAGACAUGGUGCACAUUGGCCACACAAGAGAAAAAAGAACAGUCUGCUCAAUUAAGUAUCCAUAGCAACGAAAAAACAAGAGUGGAUGUCGUGCUAUCAAACUCCAAAGAAUUUGCUAAAGCCUACAACUGCCCGGUUGGCAGCAAAAUGAACCCUGCGGAGAAGUGCAAUAUAUGGUAACAGAAGAAUGUCCUCGCAAGGCUUAUAAUGCUCUGAAGAAACUUGAUAUUUGUGCACAUAUUUAUAAAAUGUAGAUUUGUAGUUUUAAAAAAUUGUACCAGUAACGAGAAAGUAACGUAUUUGCAACGUAAUAGGAUAUUGUAUUUAUUUUUUUAUUAUUUAAAAUGUAGCAACUUAA